AUGCCGCGAAUCGUGGAUUAUUCUCCUCCGUGGCUCUCCAGGCCUUCUGCAGGUGUUGAUCUCUUCUGUCCUGAAGCAAAGGAUCAGUCGUCGUCGUCGCUUCGCAAUGCGCAGAAAGCUAUUCAAGAGCCUACUAAGGACCCACGACCAGUUCGAACACUUGCUCGAAGGGGUACCGAGGUCUUUACCGUCGUUGAUAACCAGAUCAGAUGGGCAGACCUUGCGAGGUUGAAAGAUGAAUGGAGGAAAGGAGUGAAACAGAAGAGAGAAGAACCCAAUGAAGAGACUAAUGGGGACGACAAGAAGGAGAAUAAUGGUUCCUUAGAGCGGAAUGUUGCCAGGGAAGAACCAGGGGAACAGGAAGAUAAAGAUGCCUCGAAGCCUUCAUAUUAUCGGGUACUGAACACACCUGUAUACGGAAAAAUCGAGCAACUCGCCGUAUCCCCAAAUGGAGCUUUUCUGGCCAUUACAACUACCCAUACCGUUCAUAUCGCGAUAUUGCCAGACAUUUCGCAUCUUUCUGGACCAGAUUACUCCCCCAUUCGCGUCAAAACGUUCCAACUGGGGCCAACCACCCAUGUUAUCCCCGAAUCACCGGUUGUGGCUGUCCUCUGGCACCCCCUAGGCAUACACGAUACCAAUGGUGGUUGCAUAGUUACUGUAACUGCUGAUUCUGCUGUGCGGUUAUGGGAGAUAGAUCGCAAGAACCACUGGUCCUUCGACAGGCCUGCCCUUGCAAUUGAUUUGAAGAAACUUGUUGACGGAACUUCCAUGGACCAGGACUUUACCCCCUUGAGCUUUGGCCAGAAUAAGGGUUUCUCGGCGGAUUCUUUUGAUAUGGAAGUUGCCGCUGCUAGGUUUGGUGGCCAUGGAUAUGAAGAAGAAGAUGCAUGGGCCUCUAUGACGCUUUGGGUAGCCAUGCGGACAGGCGAUGUUUAUGCCCUCUGUCCACUCUUGCCAUCAAAGUGGCAGGCCUCCCCAGUCACUGUUCCAUCUCUUACAUCUUCUAUCGUUCGCGAACUUGCUGUUGCGCAGGCUGAGGCUAUGGAGUCUGAUGACGAGCUCAAGGUAACCCAGCAACAAUACGAAUGGCUCAAGGAGAUGGAUAACCAGGAUAUAUCGGCGGUCGAAGACGAAACGAUGAUUACGGAAAUUCGAGCUCGCCCGACCAAUCCAAGCCCUAUACCGCGGCUCCAAGGCCCUUUCCUGCUUAACUGCGAGGAACUCGAGGAAGACAUGGACAUCACAGAUAUCCUUGUCAUUGCUCCUCGGGCAGACAUUGACGACCUGAUGGCUGGAGAGGAUGAGCCAGAGCUUCUCAGCGAAAACGCCCAGAGUGGGCUUUCUGGCACUGUCAUAUGUCUUUUGACCUCUAUAGGAACGCUUCAUGUGUGUCUUGAAAUGGACGGAGUGAAAGGGCAGUGGCUUCCAAGAACUUGCAAAAAUACAUUUAGCACACCCAUGUCCGAACCCUCUGACCUAUUACUCCUGGAAUCACUGGAAACUGUCCGAGCCAAGGACAGGCAGUCUAACAUGUGGCCUAUGUUUUCGGAAGCCUUUGGAUCUCGAUAUGACUUCUUCGUGACCACUGCUAGGACUGUCAGCCUUUUUUCCUUGUCAUCUUGGGUUCAUCGUGUGGAGCCCGAACUAAGAUCCGAAGAUACCGCUGGCUCAGCAUUCCGUAUAAAUAUUAUCUGUGACGGCGAGAUCGCGGAACGAGAACAGAUGCUGCAAUUACCUCCCACAGAUCUGGCCCCCGAUAGUAGCGAGGAGCAUCUGGCUGCCUGCCUGCCCAUAUUCGACUACGACUUGGGAUACCUAUUGUUGUCUUUCUCACCUUCCAAGCCGUGUGCUGUCUUGCUUGACUCCCCUGAGUAUGAAGACUUCAGGGCAUCCAUGGCCCCUUCAGACUCCGAGGAAGCACCAGAGAGCCAUGUACCCGUACCAGCUCAUACACGCCCGCCAUACCAGGUCCCAUCUGUCUUAUACUUACAGUCUCCCCUCGUUUCUUUUGUUGCAGACCAUGUUCCCCACGGGCAUAAACAUACCCUUAAGGAGCCUGUUCGUCUAUCACCAUCAACUUUGGAACUUUUCACAUCCGCUCACAGGAUCUUGAGCGCAUAUACCCAUGCACUAGAAGUUGCAGCCUCUGAUCUUUUCCGCCGCUGUGAACGGUUACAGGGUGAGAUGCGCGGGCAACUUACGCAGCUCGUUGAGAUCGGUGAAAGAAUACAGGAUGUCUCAAACGGCACAGUUAGGGGAACUGUGAAGAGACCUCCCGUGGAUCGUGAACAGGCACUUAGUUCAAGGCUGAGUGCGGCCCAAUCGAGACAAGCGGAGCUUACGGAACGAUACAAUAACAUCCGACUUAGAAUCAUCAAGGCUGGAGGACGACCAAUAAGCGACAAGGAAAAAGCAUGGAUGAAGGAAGUUGAUACACUAUCUACUUCGAUCAGUGAAGAGGAUGGAAAGGCCAAGGGUGAAUUAACAGAACGGCUUGAAACGGUAUGCUAUUUUCGUUACUAUAUAUACAAAUGUCGUGGAAUUUGUACUAACGCAGCAUUGAAGGCAACCACGAUAGCUAAGGAACUACUGUCUGAGAUGAAGAAUAUCCCUGAUGUCGUCGACUCGACCCCUUCAACGACCAACACUACACAUCCCAAGGUGCCACAGAGACUACAGAAGGCCAAAGUCGCAGAUGCCAUGAGUAUGGUUGAACGAGAGUAUGUCCACUAUUCUUAUUAUUAA